AUGCGCCCUUCGCGAUGGAACCGCUCGCGGCGCGCGGCCUUCGGCGGAUUGCUAUCAUCCAGAGGUCCACGGCUAUGUUUCCAGCAAUCCCAGGGCCAAAGCGUUGCUUUGGGAACUGCCGUGAAGCCCUUUCCUGCUCUCCUCUUCCAUCUGGAGCGGGAUCUACGCCCUUCACCAGACCAGCAGGAGAAAGCACAGAAGCUGGCGAGUAUGGUUCGAUCCGUCUGUGAGCAGCUUGAUGGCGAGACCCACUGCUAUGGAUCGUGUAGCAAUGGGACCUUCAUGCAAGGAUCUGAUGUUGACCUCACAUGGCUGUGCGACCAAAACAAAGUGGCCAAAAGAGGCCUCGUCUCACAGGAGCUUCGGGCGCCGACCGAUGCGAAGCUUGCUCCCGGGAUUUCUGCAAGUUAUGGACUGCGCAAGGCAGCCCCUGCUGAGCAAAUGCUUCUGGAGCUGGAAGCUCUGGUGCCGCCACCGCCCCCAAAUGCAGUCCAACUGCCCCCGACACCACCGGCCUUGGAGCAUCAAGCUCUGAUUCCGCCGAACCGAGCGCGGAGGAGACCUAAUCCUCCCAAACCUCGCCCAGCCCAAGCCCCAGCUCUUCAGCAACCGCACCCGCCACCUCCCAUACCAGAGACAUCGACAGUUGCAGCCCCGCCAGAGUCAGAGCCCUGUCCAGCGCGACCAGAUGAUGAAACAUCGGAUCCAGAUGCUUCGCCGGAGGUCUCUGAGUCCCAGGCCGCCCAGGCUCAGGACUUGCGGACGCUUCCGUCUCCUCUCAGCGGUUUGCCAAUGCCACCGCCACCACCCGUUGUCUCUCCACAGCCAGAAGAGCCGAGGGACAGCAUCUCUGCACGCCUUGUCCAAUUUAGAGCGCUGCGCCUGUUGAGGGCGAAGGCUGAGCGAUUCACUUUCGAGGGCGUGGAGAAACUGUAUGUUAUCCGUGCACGGGUUCCCGUGCUGAAAUUCUUCGGCAGCGACGAAGAGGUUCUUUGCGACGUCUCCGUCAACAACCACGAAGGUCUGCAGAACAGUCGCCUGGUGCAAGGCCUGUGCAAGAUGGAGCCACUGCUGGGUCCUGUGGUGCGGCUCCUGAAGCACUGGGCCCGCCGGCGGCAGCUGGGCGACCGAGCCAAAGGCGGAUUCAGCACCUACACUUUGGUCCUGAUGGCCGUAAAGGUGCUACAGGAAGGCAAAGCUUCCAAGCUGCCCCCGCAUUCAGUUCAAGAGCUUGUACUGAAAGUGCAGGAGGACUCUUCGCCAGAACCGCUGCAGAUUUGGAUGCAGGCCAAGAAGGAGAAGCUCUGCACUCCCAAAAUGCUGGAAAGGACGUUCGUGGCAUUCUUCGAUUACUUCGCGCAGCCAGCCUGGAGCUCCGGCGGAACGGUUUGGGUGGCUCCGGCUGCCUCCGAACAGGACGAGGAGAAGUCGAACUGCAGCCCGCAGACACCCCCUCCUCCGCCGCUGGAAGUCCUCCGAGUUGUUUGCCCGUUGACCCGCAUCGACGUGCAGAGGAGCAAAGCCCAAGAGUGGCAGCACAUGGCGAAGGAGAUUUCCCGUGCAAGCCAAAUUCUAAGGGACCUGCAACUGGAUAGCCAGCUACGACUGGAUGAGCUGUUCAAGGAACCUCAGGAGCCGCCCUCAGCGCCGGAGUCGCCACCCGAGUCGACACCGGAGCCUGUGGAUGUGCUUCCCGGGCGCAUUACAGACGAGGAUGCAGAGGAGGGGGCUGCAGCUGACAGCAAAGAGUCUGUCAUGCAAUUCGAAGCUGCAGACCGCUUCCGCGAGGAAAGCGGGCUCGGCAGAGAUGCAGCGGUUCUGGCCUGCUGA